AUGAGUGCUAUAGUAUAUCAUAAUAAUUCUGCAAAUAAUCCUCCAUCAACAAUGUUAUUCAAUAAUGGAACGACAGUCGGCAAGCAGCGUCCAUCACAUAACCCACCUAAAAAUCUUUCACAAAGUGAAAUUCAAUGUUUAUAUAAUAUUCUUGGAAAGAAUUGUGUGACUUUAGCGACGGCAGUUGCCCAAGUCCUACAUGAAUAUGAUGAUAUCUGGAGAAAACUCGCAUGUGGUGUUUUGUGUUUCGUUAAAGAUUAUAAUAAGAGAAACUAUUGUUUUCGUUUAUAUGAUCUGCAAUUACAGGAAGCAAUCUUUGAAGAAAUAGUACCUUCAUCAAUACGUCUUGAAAAGAAGCAUGAUCUAUUUUAUGUAUUCGAUGGAAUGAAUUUUAAAAUUGGUUUCAAUUUUAUUGAUCAUGUUGAAACUGAAACGUUUUGUAAUCAUUUUCAUAACAAACAAGAAAAUCGACAAAACAAGAAAAAACUUCAACAAUCAACAAACAUGCAGUCAAUGUCGAUACCAGUGAACAUGAAUGAAGUGAAAAUAUUGCCAGUUGAUAUAAAAAAAGGAGUUAAAUCAGUGUCAAGCUCUGAUAAAUCCUCUAAAAAACAACCUACUAGUAAAACUGAAAAAAACAAGACUACUCGACUUCUUAUAUCUUCACCAAUUCCUUCAAGUUUUAAUCAUAUUAUUCAUGUAGGAUCUGAUCAAAGUUUUGUGACAGAUGAUGCACAAAUAAUAUUAUUCAAACAAGUCUUAUCUAAGAUGCCUUUAUCACCAGAAGAGAAAAUGUAUGUUCAACAUACUAUUACGAACACAAAAGAUGGUUUGGAUAAACUUUUUGAAACUUCAAAGCACUACUGUGAUAAUGAACGUGAUUAUGUGUCAAACCGUCCUCCAAAGAUUCCUCCACGCACUUAUUUAGCAUCAAAACAGAACAAUAACAAUAAGCAUAGUCCACAUCAAGAUAUAUCUAUGCCAUCAUUAAUAUAUCAGAGAACAAGUACAACUUGUCCUCAAACUCUGAGCACGUCUGAAACAUCCACUGUUUUCGAACAAUCAAAAGUACCCGUCAUUCCGUUACGACCUUGCAACGAUAUAUCAAACAAAACACUUUUGUCAAUUGAAAACCCAUCGCCACUACCUUCGUCGAUGCCAGUAAAUUUGAAAAGUCAGCAAUCGCAGUCUAUCAUUCCUUCAGCUCCUCCACUUCCAGUUAUUACAGUAGAACCAAUGAGAAAUGAAUCCUUUAUCUCCUCGUUGAAUUCUCAACGUGAUGCUUUGCUUCAAGAAAUACAAGAAAAUGGUCAUAAACGUAAACUAAACCAACGAUCAGAUGUGUUGACAGCAUUACCUGUGAACAAAUCAGCCAUAGAAGUAGAACGUACUCUCGAAAUGAAUAUAUUCGAUAUGAUUUGUAAACGACGAGCGAUGAUUAUGGGGUGUGAUAAUAAUAAUAACAACAACGAUGAAAAUGACGACGCGAACGGCUCAGAUGAUGACGACGAAUGGUGA